AUGGCACUGCCGGUCACCACCAAUGGGACCUACGUGGGUCCCGAAAACGGUCAUCUCGUCAUUGUAGGAGGAAACCUCCAGUCCGAUACCAUAUGGCAAAAGAUUAUAGAGCUUGCCGGAGGACCGGAUGCAUCAAUCGUGGUGAUCCCAACGGCCGGCGGUGAGCCGACCUACAACGACACCUUGCCCAGCGCCGCCUCUCUGCGUAAGAACGGUUCUCUAAACGUCACCGUGUUGCACACCUACGAUCCAGCGGUCGCAGACACUGACGAUUUUGUGGCCCCGCUCCGGGAAGCCAAGGGCGUCUACUUUGAUGGCGGGCGACAGUGGCGUAUUGUGGAUGCCUAUGCCGGGACUAAGGCCGAGCGGGCAUUCCAAGCUGUACUGGAUCGUGGCGGCGUCAUUUCUGGAUCUUCUGCUGGCGCAAGUGUACAAGCAUCGUUUCUUGCACGCGGAGACACGGAGAACAAUCAAAUCAUGAUUGGGGACCACACUGUUGGGUUUGGGUAUCUCAAGAAUGCUGCUAUCGACCAGCACGUUCUGGUAAGGAAUCGACAAUUCGACAUGUUCGACAUUCUCAAAGUACAUCCGGAGUUACUGGGUGUGGCUAUUGAUGAGAAUACGGCACUCUUAGUUCAUAAGAAUGAGGCCACAGUUUUCGAAGGAACAUAUGUACUAAUCUACGACGGGGGCUUCUGGUCGAGAGAGGAGCUGAGCGAGCUGAAACACCUUCCGCCGCCAGAAAGUCGGUUCUACUUUCUUCGACCAGGUGAUCAGUACGAUCUAGGGGAGAGGAAAGUGAUUGAAACGAGUGAAACAGAGCUAUAA